AUGGCUAUGCCCAUAAUAUCUUUUCUUUUCCUCUUCCUCGCUUCUUUAUCAUAUGCACUAGACAUGUCAAUCAUAAAUUACGACGAUAAACACAUACAAAAAACAUCAUUGGAAAGUGUCGAAGAAGUGAGGAGCUUGUACGAAUGGUGGCUAGCAAGGCAUGCCAAAGUAUACAAUGAUUUGGAAGAAAAUGACGAAAGAUUUGAAAUUUUUAAGGAUAAUUUGAAGUUCAUUAAUGAACAUAACUCGGAGAAUCGAACCUACAAGGUGGGGUUGAACCAGUUUGCUGAUCUGACUAAUGAAGAGUACCGGUCCAUGUACUUGGGUACAAGGACUGAGGCUAAACGCCGGUUCGUGAAAUCAAAAAACACUAGCCAACGUUACGCUAUUCGGACCGGCGAAAAGUUGCCGAGAUUUGUUGAUUGGAGAAUGAAAGGUGCCGUUGCUCCGGUUAAAAAUCAAGGAAGUUGUGGUAGCUGCUGGGCUUUCUCAACUGUUGCUGCUGUAGAAAGCAUAAACCAGAUAGUUACAGGGAAACUAAUCCCUCUUUCAGAACAAGAACUUGUAGACUGUGACAGAGUUGAAAAUUCUGGGUGCAAUGGAGGCCUAAUGGACUAUGCCUUUCAGUUCAUUAUUAACAAUGGUGGCAUUGACACUGAAGAUGAUUAUCCCUACAGGGGUGUUGAUGACAGAUGUGAUCCUGCACGGAAAAAUGCCAAGGUUGUUAGCAUAGACGGCUAUGAAGACGUGCCACCCCGGAAUGAGAUAGCAUUGCAAAAGGCCGUGGCACAUCAACCAGUGAGCGUUGCUAUUGAAGCAGCCGGACGAGCUUUCCAGCUCUACUCGUCGGGUUUAUUUACGGGUCGAUGUGGGACAGAUUUGGACCAUGGUGUCGUAGUUGUCGGCUAUGGAACAGAGAACGGGCUUGAUUAUUGGAUUGUGAGGAACUCCUGGGGACCAAAUUGGGGUGAAAAUGGAUAUAUCAGAAUUCAGCGUAACGCAUCUGGUAGUCGUGCUGGAAAGUGUGGUAUUGCAAUUGAACCUUCAUAUCCAACCAAGACCAACUCUAAGGUGUUUUAUUCAAGCGUUUAA